UGUGUGAAGCACAGCGUGGGGCAGGGCCUGCCGGAGGGCGCCGCUCCGCUGAGCCACAUCUACGCGAGGGCGGAACGCGGCAGAGGCCGGAGUGGUUUUGGCGACCCACGGGGCGAAGAUGGCGGCGGAGCGACAAGACGCGCUGAGGGAGUUCGUGGCAGUGACGGGUACCGAGGAGGACCGGGCCCGCUUCUUCCUCGAGUCGGCCGGCUGGGACCUGCAGAUCGCCCUAGCAAGCUUUUAUGAGGAUGGAGGGGAUGACGACAUUGUGACCAUUUCGCAGGCAACCCCCAGUUCAGUGUCCAGAGGCACAGCCCCCAGUGAUAAUAGGGUGACAUCCUUCAGAGACCUCAUUCAUGACCAAGACGAGGAGGAGGAAGAGGAGGAGGGCCAGAGGAGCAGGUUUUAUGCCGGGGGCUCAGAGAGAAGUGGACAGCAGAUUGUUGGCCCUCCAAGGAAGAAAAGUCCCAAUGAGCUGGUGGAUGAUCUCUUUAAAGGUGCCAAGGAGCAUGGAGCUGUAGCUGUAGAGCGAGUGACCAAGAACCCUGGAGAGACCAGUAAACCAAGACCAUUUGCAGGGGGUGGCUACCGCCUCGGGGCAGCACCAGAGGAAGAGUCUGCCUAUGUGGCAGGAGAAAGGCGGCGGCAUUCCGGCCAGGAUGUUCAUGUAGUGUUGAAGCUCUGGAAGAGUGGAUUCAGCCUGGACAAUGGCGAACUCAGAAGCUACCAGGACCCAUCCAAUGCCCAGUUUCUGGAGUCUAUCCGCAGAGGGGAGGUGCCAGCAGAGCUGCGGAGGUUAGCUCACGGUGGGCAGGUGAAUUUGGACAUGGAGGACCAUCGGGACGAGGACUUUGUGAAGCCCAAGGGAGCCUUCAAAGCCUUCACCGGUGAGGGUCAGAAACUGGGCAGCACUGCCCCCCAGGUGUUGAACACAAGCUCUCCAGCCCAGCAGGCAGAACAUGAAGCCAAAGCCAGCUCUGCGAUCUCGAUCGACGAGUCGCAGCCCACCACGAACAUCCAAAUAAGGCUCGCCGAUGGCGGGAGGCUGGUGCAGAAAUUUAACCACAGCCACAGGAUCAGCGACGUCCGGCUUUUCAUCGUCGACGCCCGGCCAGCCAUGGCUGCCACCAGCUUUGUCCUCAUGACUACCUUCCCAAACAAAGAGCUGGCUGACGAGAGCCAGACCCUGAAGGAAGCCAACUUGCUCAACGCUGUCAUCGUGCAGCGGCUAACAUAGCCGCCUGCCUGGCCAGCUGGCAGCCUCAGCUCCCUACUGUUUCCCCCCUGCUGGCUGCCUGUGGAGACCUCCCUUCCCCUCCUUGCACAGCCAGCAGCCCAGAGCCCUGCCUCCUCCACAGCUCCGGGCUCUUAGAUCACAGUUGGACAUUUGUUUUCUUCUUAGUUGCAUUUCCUGGGUUUUUGUGUUGAUCAAUGGACUUUAAAGAAAAAAAUAAAAACAACCAAAAAAAUUGAA